UCAUCAUCAAUCAUGUCCCGCCACUGGAGCCGCUCCAAGACCAUACUUCUCAUCUGGCUCGUCUCCGCCACCGUCUUCUACGCUCUCUUCCAAAUGGCCCUUCGCAACUCCCACUCCUCUUCUUCUUCUUCUUCUUCUUCUUCUUCUUCUUCAGGUUCUUCGGUUUCCAAUAAGGAGCGGAGGUCGAAGCUCUACGACGCGAUGGCUCGGGAUUUGGAUGACCACGGAGCGUCGUUUCUGAACCACGGCGAGACUUCUCAGUCGCUGUCGCUCUUUGACAUCUUCGCUCUCAAGGACGGAUCUGUAACGCCGGUGCUUAAGGCCGCGAAUCCGCCUGUGCGUGCUAAUGUUUUGUUUCUCGGCACAGAUUACUCGGUUCCAAUCUCGGAGGCUGUGAAACGAAUAUUUAAUCCGUACUUUGAUAAAUCUAUCUGGUUUCAGAACUCAAGUUUGUACCAUUUCAGCAUGUUUCAUGCCUCGCAUCAUAUUACGCCUGUUCCCGCAACUGAGCUCGAGAUUGAAGCUGAGGCAGCUGCUGUUGGAGCUGUUGCAAAGGAUCUAUGCCCUAUAAACAUUGUCUUGGAUAGAGUGGUCUUAACUUCAACAGGUGUGCUUCUGGGGUGCUGGCAGGUGGUUUCUGGGACAGAUCCAAUAACCGUUCGCGCUAGACUAAGAACUGCACUUCCGCAUGCACCAGAAAAGCAACUUUACGAUGCUGCAAUCCUUCACACAUCAUUUGCAAGGCUUCUUGGUCGUCCCAAAGCAUCAUCAAAGGAGGUGCAUGAUUCGGAUCCAAUCAAGUUCUUCCAUGAGCUAGUCACUCGCCUGAACAAUGAAAUCCGUGGAUUUAGGGCUGUAGUUUCUGAGCUCUGGUACGUGGAGGAAUAUGAUGUCUUGGCUCUUGCAUUGAAUGGAAGAAUGAAGGUUCGCAGAUUUCAACUCGGAUGCUCGAGAAACUAAUUUUUCAAAGUCCGGAUAUUUCAUGAGGUUCAGUAGGUCUCACACCAUGAGUUUCCUUAUUUCUCUUUUUCUUUUGUUUUUUUUCAUAUUGGACAUAUUUCUGUAAAUAAUGAA